AUGGUCCUCUUCUUCACUUCCGCCGUGCAUACGCCACCUGUGACGAUCUACAUGGGAAAAGACAAGGUGGAAAAUGAAGACCUGAUCAAAUAUGCUUGGCCACAAGACGUCUGGUUCCAUGUCGACAAGCUCUCUUCAGCCCACGUCUACCUGCGAUUACCGGACAAUAUCCCGUCAUGGGACGCGAUUCCCGAGGUACUGUUGCAAGACUGCGCACAACUUGUUAAGGCGAACUCGAUUGAGGGAAACAAGAAGGAUAACAUUACGAUCAUCUACACGCCAGGCGACAACCUGAAGAAAACGGGCGAUAUGGCUACAGGCCAAGUCUCUUUCCACAAUGACAAACGCGUCAAGCGCGUAUACGUCCCCAAACGCGAAAAUCCGAUCGUCAACAGGUUGAACAAGACGAAAGUCGUGCGCGACGUUGAUCACGAAGCGGAGAGGCAGGACCGUAUCAAGCGCGAGAACCAGGUCAAGCGGGCCGCUGCGGCGCAAAAAAAGAAGGCCGACCUUGAACUGGCGAAGCAGAGGGAGGCGGAGAAAGCUGCACGGUCGUACGACUCGCUGUUCAGCGGGGAGUACGAUGAGGACGACGAUGAGGCAGAGAAUAGGAAAGGGAAGACGGCGAGAGAAUUGGAAGACGACUUCAUGUGA